CCUAUUUAAGAGGGACCCUAUUCCAUUAAGAGAAAUAGCGAGAAUUGAAUAUUAGGGUUUGCUGUGUCGAGAAUCAUCAACCCAACAAUCAACAAUGGCCUUUAGGAGAUUCUACAACGAAAUCAAGGGGAAGAAGGUAACCGAACUUCCUGAACACGUGAAACCGAUGCUUUCCUUCGCUUACCUCAAGAGUUCCGUCAAGAGAGGUUUGGACAAUUACAGCGAAAACUACAUUGAGACAGAUUCUAUCAAGCCUUUGCUCCACGUCCUUUACGGUGGUAUGAUCUUCUCUUACCUCGUCGCUCUUCCCAACGAGCGUCGCCAUCUCGCUCACAAAGAGCAUGCUGAAUCUCAUCACUGAUUCAGAGAUAACGACGAAGAAGCUACUCAAAACAAAGAGAGAAGAUUGAUAAUAUCUAUUUUUCUUUUAUUGUUGUUGUCAGGAUCCUAGUUGUUAAUAUGGAGACGGUUGGUUGGCCUGUUUUUUUCUUUAUAAAAAAAUUGAAAAAUGAGGCAUAUAAAAUAA